AUGGCCUCAACUGAAAUGGUGACAAAAUUAGGGUUGAUCACUACGAAUCACCCUAAGCCUUAUGCACUCCAUUGGAUAGAUGAUGGAAAUAAGGUCAAAGUAACAAAACAGGUGAAGGUUGCUCUCACAAUGGGAUCUUAUGAAGACGAGGUAUUAUGUGAUGUCAUCCACGUGGAUGCAUGUCAUAUACUGUUAGGGAGGCCAUGGCAAUUUGACCCUGAUUUUGUGCAUAGGGGGAGGACUAACGAACACGAGUUGAAGCAUAAUGGCAAAAAAAUUAUGCUUAAGCCCAUGUCCUCAUCAGUUAUGAGAUCCAUGAGUACUAAGCAAGGAAAAAGGCCAACUCUUACCAUGUUGGCUAGUGAAAAGGAAGUGGAGCAAAUCCUUGAUCACGAGGAGGUGGUGUACAUGUUGGUGGCUAAAGGAGAUGCAAAGGCUGAUCGAAAUGACCGACUAGAUGGUCCUUUGGCAGAUUUACUUGUGAAGUAUGGAGACGUUUUUCCAACGGAACUCCCACCAGGUUUACCUCUCAUUCGUGGCAUUGAACAUCAAAUUGAUCUCAUUCCAGGUUCCCCCGUACCAAACAAAGCAGCUUAUCGUUGCAAUCCGGAAGAAACUAAGAAUUAG